UAGUCCAGUACUAGAUGGCCUCGGGUGAUUUGCAGUUUAUCCGUGAAUUACAACAAGUUCCACUGCUUCCACUGCUCCGGUCAUGAUGGCAGGCCAGACGCCAGAGGAAUGAUGUGCGAUAAUGAGGUGGGUAACCUGAUGGGGAUAGGUAUGCAGGUGGGUUUGUGGAGCUUGCGGAUAUAGCAGAGGCUAUAGUGCAGACGAUGCAUACUAUGGUGGAGGAGAGUGAGAGGAGGUAGCCUCCAUCUCAGCGGGAACGACUGCAAUAUCCUCGACUGGGAGAAGCCAUCUCACGCAGAUACUCUCACCUUCCGAGCUGCGAUAUCAGACCUCCUCAGCAGACAAGACCUCACAGAAGCGAUCGAUCAUGACCGCCGCAGCCGCAACCGCCAACCGAUCCUCCCCUCCUCACCCCUUCUCCUCCAACCCCCUCCUUACCCGCUCCGACGUCGUCGCCGCCGUAACCUCCCUCCUCGACCCCCUCGCCUCAGGCUCCUCGCCCCUCCACGCCCUCACCAAGGUCGGCACCUCCGGCACCCGCUUCGACGAGACAGCCGCCCAGAUCGAAGGCUACGCGCGCCCGCUAUGGGGCCUCGCGCCCCUCCUCGCGGGCGGCAGCCAGUACGCCGGCACCGACCGCUACGUGCAGGGCCUCAUCGCGGGGACGGAUCCCGAGAGCGACGAGUUCUGGGGUUACAUGGAGGAUCAGGACCAGCGCAUGGUCGAGGCGUGUCCGAUUGGGUAUACGCUGGCGAUUGCCCAUAAGGAGUUUUGGGAUCCGCUGAGCGAGAGGCAGAGGGGGAGUGUGGAGCGCUGGUUGGGGAGCAUGAAUGAUAAGGAUAUGCCGAAUACGAAUUGGCUCUGGUUCCGCGUCUUCGCCAACCUGGGCCUCGCGAGGAACGGCGCAAGGUGGUCCAAGGAACGCCUCGAGGCCGACAUCCACCAACUCAACACCUUCUACCGCGGCGACGGCUGGUCCAACGACGGGCCCGAGGGCUACCGCCAGAUGGACUACUACUCGGGCUCCUUCGCCAUCCAGUACCUGCAGCUGCUGUACGCGAAGCUGGCCGCCGACACGGACCCGGAGCAGGCCGAAGAAUACAAAGAGCGAGCGCGCAAAUACGCCCAGGACUUUGUGCACUACUUCGACCCCCAAGGCCGCGCCAUCACCUUCGGCCGCUCGCUGACGUACCGCUGGGCCAUGGUCGCUUUCUGGGGCUCCCUGGCCUUCGCCGACGUCGAGCUGCCCGCUCCGCUGACCUGGGGCGCCGUCCGCGGCAUCUGGCUGCGCAACCUGCGGUGGUGGACGACGCAGAGGGACAUCUUCCAGCCCAACGGCAUGCUCUCCAUCGGCUACUCGUACCCAAACUACUACCUGGCCGAGAACUACAACUCCCCCGGCUCGCCCUACUGGUGCAUGUUGGCAUUCGCUCCCCUCGCCGUGCCCGAGACCCACCCCUUCUGGAGCGCGCCAGAGGAACCUCACCCCUACGCCGGCCAGCGCAUCAUCAAACCACUGCCCCAUCCCCGACACAUCAUGAUCCAAAGCGGCGGCCACACCUUCCUCCUCUCGAGCGGCCAAUCCUGCCACUACCCCUUGAAAGCCACGCAAGCAAAGUACGGCAAAUUCGCCUACAGCUCCGCCUUCGCCUACUCCGUGUCCACGGGGUCCUACACGCUCGAGCAGUUCGUUCCCGAGUCGGCCCUCGCGCUCUCCGACGACGCCGGCGAGACGUGGAAGAUGCGCCGCGCGCUCGACGGCGACUCGGAGAUUGAGUGUCGCGAUGGCGGCGUCCCCGUCCUCGUAUCCCGUAUGAAGCCCUGGCCCGACGUCGACGUCCUGACGUACCUCAUCCCCCCCGCCGAGGACACGCCGAAUUGGCAUCUGAGGAUCCACCGCGUGCGGACGGGCAGGGACCUGCAGACGGCCGAGGGCGCCUUCGCCGUCUACGGGUGCAAGGAGGCCGACGGGCGUAACCUGGAAGCGCUGGACGAGGCGAUUUCCGAGGGCGGGAUGGCCGAUCGGGAUAGCGCGUUUGUGGCGUCGAGGUCUGGGGCCGUGGGCAUCGCGGAGCUGAAUCUGAAUCUGGGGAAGAGGGAGGGGAGCGUGUUGGCGGCGGAUGCGAAUUCGAAUCUUGUCGAGGCGCGGUCGGUGGUUCCGACUGUGCAUAAGGAGAUCAGGGCUGGUGAGACGAAGUGGUUUGCCACGGCUGUGUAUGCGUUGCCGGCGAGUGUUGAGGGCUGGAAGGAACGGUGGAGGGCCGGGUGGGAGAAGAGGCCUGUUCUUCCCCAGUGGGUGCAGGAUAAGAUUUCGGGGCGAUGGGAUUGAGCAAAGGAGCAGAAUGACUGACAUGAAAAAAGUGGGAGAAUGCAUGCAACGAGCAGGAAGAAAUCAAUCAUGAACAGCAAUAGAACCCAAGAAGACGUCGUUGCUGUAUACUCCCAUUCCAAUCCUGCCUACCCAUCUACUCCCUCGCCGCUAAACCCUCAAUUCAUGUCAAUCAUGUCAUUGAAAACAAACCCAAAAGCAUAUCCGCACGCCGAAGAAAACUCCAUACCUACUCCCAACCCAGCCCAUAAUCACUUGCACAUCCAUCCCCCAUUUCAUCAUCCCCAUCAACCCUCCCUCAACGGAUUCUCCUCCUCGUCCAGAAUCCCCUUGCGCACCAGCUCCUCAGGCGGCGGCCGGCUCUGCAG